UUCUGAGAGUGGUGGAGGCUGUGACGGAGUGGGAAUUGUCUGUUUCGUUGGAAGCUCGUCUGUAUCGCAUUGAGUUUUUUUUUCUUUAAACUUUGCGGCUUAAAGCAUCGACGGUCUUCUCGCUUUAUACUUUGUCUUGGGGGGGGGGACUGGAACGUUUUCUGGAAAAUUCUAUUGAGGAAAAAGACUGAAAUAGAUAUUUCUUUCUUAAAUUGCAUAGGUUUAAUUAAUUCAAAUUGGUAAAGAGCGGAUCGCGGACUGGUUUUCAGUUGUAUUCAUUAAAAAAAAAAACAACAGGAAAAAGUCGAGUCUUGAGUUGCGGGGCUUGAUCGCCAUGUCCUCCGGUGAUGUGUCGGAGCACAGUCCGCGGUUCAGUGUGCUGUCUUGGGAGCAGGUGGAGAGACUGGACUCCAUCCUUGGAGAGACGGUCCCGAUCCACGGACGGGGGAAUUUCCCAACGCUGUCAGUGCAACCGCGACAAAUUGUGCAGGUAGUGCGAAACCGCCUGGAGGAGAAGGGGAUCCCCGUGAGGGAUGUAAAGCUGAAUGGGUCGGCAGCGAGCCACGUGCUGCACCAGGACAGUGGGCUGGGCUACAAGGACCUGGACCUGAUCUUCGGGGUGGUUCUUCCCAGCGACAGGGAGUUCCGGGUGGUGAAGGACGUGGUUCUGGACAGCCUGCUGGACUUCCUGCCCGCCGGCGUCAACAAGGACCGCAUCACUCCCCUGACCCUGAAGGAGGCCUACGUCCAGAAGCUGGUGAAGGUGUGCAACGAGACCGACCGCUGGAGCCUCAUCUCCCUGUCCAACAACACGGGCAAGAACGUGGAGCUCAAGUUCGUGGACUCCUUGCGGCGGCAGUUCGAGUUCAGCGUGGACUCCUUCCAGAUCGCCCUGGACUCGCUCCUGCUCUUCGACAAGUGCUCCGAGGCCCCCAUGUCCGAGAGCUUCCACCCCACCGUGUUGGGCGAGAGCAUGUACGGGGACUUCGAGGAGGCGCUGGAGCACCUGCGCCGAAAGACCAUCGCCACGCGCAGCCCCGAGGAGAUCCGGGGCGGGGGGCUGCUCAAGUACUGCAACCUGCUGGUGCGCGGCUUCCGGCCCAGCUCGGAGGCCGAGAUGAAGUCGCUGCAGCGCUACAUGUGCUCCCGCUUCUUCAUCGACUUCCCGGACAUCGGCGAGCAGCAGCGCAAGCUGGAAGCCUACCUGCAGAACCACUUCGUGGGGAUGGAGCACAAGCGCUACGACUGCCUGGUCACCCUGCACCGCGUGGUCAACGAGAGCACGGUGUGCCUCAUGGGCCACGAGCGGCGGCAGACCCUCAACCUCAUCUCCAUGCUGGCCCUGCGGGUGCUGGCCGAGCAGAACAUUAUCCCCACCGUGACCAACGUCACCUGCUAUUACCAGCCCGCCCCCUACGUCCGGGACAUCAACUUCAACAACUACUACAUUGCACACGUGCAGCCGCUGGUGUCGCCCUGCAGUAAUUCUUACCAGACGUGGCUGCCCUGCAACUGAGGAGUGGAGCCGGUGAGAUGGAGAUGUACUGAUUGGGGUAGUCGGGGUUGGGGUGGGGGGUUUGGGGAAAAGUCUGCUCAGAGCAUCGGCAGCAGUCGCAUUUCUGACAUUUUCCAUUAUAGAAGGAGAACGCAAGGAAAUUUCUUUUUGCCAAAUGUGAUGUCUUUCUGCGUUUGAACUUGUACUGCUGUAUAUCUGACUUGAGCCGAUUUAUUAGAUAUAUUUUUUUGGUUUUUCUUCACAGGACUUCGGUUGUCGUGGUGUGGAUGUUUAAGCCCGAGUGGUCCCUUUUCAGAUGUAGCAAAAAGGUGGUGUGUGUGCGUGUGCGUGUGUUGGGGGAGGGGAUUGAAGCGAUUGUGCCCCCCCCCCCCCCCCCAGUGUAAAGUUAAUGUUUAAAAAAAAAA